UUCUGGCCAAUCAGCAGGCGUGGCGCGCCCUUCGGUUUCCUCCAGCCGGAGUUUGCCGCCUGGGUUCCCGCGACCCCAACGUCCCAGAGGCGGGGCCACAGUCAUCUGGGACGCCUUUUGGAGCCGGCCUUUGGGUGCCCAACAAACAAUUCCCAGCUUGGCGGCGGCCGUGACGAAGCGACCGUGGAUCUUCGUGCUCCUCGUUCCCCGAGGCGCCCUCCGGGCCCGGGAAGUGCGAGUACUGAGGACCAGAAAUUGAAUAAAUCACUCAUCAAAUAUAGAGCCUGUAGUUCUCUAGAAAAAGUUCCAGAUGAAUACCAGGUUUUCUUCAACCAAGAUGGUACCUUUCCACUUUCCCCCAUCAAAAUUGGCACUUUGGAACCCAAUGCCAAUUGGAGAUUUCAUCUGCUUGCAUCUCAGUUACUACAGAAAGCCAAACCUUGUGGUAACUGAGAAGGCCAUCCGACUUGCUUAUCGUCAUGCUAAGCAGAAUAAAAGAAAUGUGCCAUGCUUCUUACUUGGUUCUCUCACAGUGGAUGAAGAUGAAGAAGGUGUGACAUUGACAGUAGAUCGCUUUGAUCCUGGUCGAGAAGUCCCCGAAUGCUUAGAAAGAACCCCCACUGCUUCUCUUCCUGGAGAUUUUUUGAUCCCCUGCAAAGUUCAUACUCAAGGACUUGGUUCAAGAGAUCUGAUAGUUCAUAAUGCAGAUGAUUUCAGUUCAACUUUAAAGGCUUUACAGUACCAUGUGUGUAGCAAAGAUUUCUUGGACUGUGGAAAGCUGCUUUCCCUACGAGCACAAAUCACCCCCAGGGAGAGUUUGGAUGGUGUGGAUUUUGACUUCCAUUGGGCAGCAAUAACUCUAGCAAAUUCUUUCAAAUGUGUACCUGUGAAGCCUAUUCCCAUUAUUCCUACAGCUCUGGCAAGAAACUUAAGUAGUAAUCUGAAUAUUUCUCAAGUUCAAGGAACCUAUAAACAUGGAUAUAUUACCAUGGAUGAAACACGAAAAUUGUUACUUUUGCUGGAAUCUGAUCCCAAAGUUUAUUCUCUACCAUUAGUGGGAAUUUGGCUCUCUGGAAUUAUACAUAUCUAUAGCCCUCAGGUAUGGGCUUGCUGCUUGAGAUACGUGUUCAGUUCUUCUAUUCAGGAAAGGGUUUUUUCAGAAUCUGGAAAUUUCAUCGUAGUUCUUUAUUCAUUGACGCAUAAGGAACCUGAAUUUUAUGAGUGCCUUCCAUGUGACAGUAAAACUCCUGGCCUUCAGUUUCAGUUACUAACCAACAAGGAGACUUUACAUCUUUUCAAUAACGUUGAACCUUCUGACAAAAAUCUAAUCCAUUUCGAACUGAGUGCCGAAAGUCAAGAUGCAGAAGCAGAGUUUUUCAGCAAGAUUUCCAAGAAUCUUUCCGUUAAGAGAUUUUAUGUAGAGGAGAUUGAUGGUGUAUCAUUACUGGUAAUAAAAGGCAGCAUAAUUCUCAUCUGUUUGUGCUGCUGUUUGCUGAGAUGUGUCCAUUUGUAUCUAAUCUUUGACAAGUUGAUAUCUCCCCAAAAAGUAUCUCCUGGGAAAACACCAAUAAAUAAGCAUGACGCUGACUUUGAAGAUGAAGAUUUUUCUCCAAGACCGAUGCCCAGUCCUCAUCCAGUGAGUGAGAAGAUUUCUCAGAUCCAGCCGUCCGUCCCUGAACUUUCGCUCGUGUUAGACAGCAACUUCACAGACUCAAGUCAUCAGUCUGACCCGUUGGAAAUGAUGACUGCGGAGAAUCCUUUGUUGAUGAAGCCGCUGCAGCCUGAGCUUUGUGAUGACAAACACAGCUCAGAGGCUGACGCUGGGGAGCCGUCCCUGAAGGGAACACCUAAUCAGUUAAGCCAGGACACCGCACUGAGACAAUGCAGAGGGAAGCAGUCACCUACCUGUAAGAAAGAAAGGCCCCAUUUCAGGAACACUAAUGCUAAACCAUUUCUUAAUGCACCUUCUCCUGCUGUAUCUGAGAAACUUCAAGCAGUUUCUGCUGGGAGCAUGCAGAAGGAAGACUGUCCUAUGAGACCUUCCACAAUGAAUUCUAGGCAGCCCUCACUUGCUCCACAAGCCCACCCACACAAUUUUGUUUUUUCACCUCAUAAUUCAGCAAGACCAAUGGAGCUUCAAGUACCUACUCCUUCACUACCAUCUUACUAUCCCACAAACAUCUGCAACUGUUGUCAACAUCAUGGCCAUAUUCAGUAUAAUACAAUAAAUUCUUGGCAGGGAAAUACAGCAGGGUCCAUUCAAGACCUCCGAAAUGAAGCCCUUCCAAAACAUGCAUUAUUUCAUUCAAGUGGAUGUCCAUCUCUGUGUCAUAAUGCCAUCUACUCUUCGAGUAGCCCUGUGGCCAUGAAACCUCAGGGAGGCAUGGGUGGCUAUUCUCCCCACAACAAUGCAGAGCCGUCCCCUGUAGCAGGACCUUCACUUAUGGACUCAUGUGUACCACAGACUUGUGCCAUGUGCAUGCACACACCCAGCAAGGUGCCAGACAAUGGCAUGAUGGGACUGUCUCCUGAUGCAUAUCGCUUUGUCACAGAGCAGGACAGGCAGCUGAGACUACUUCAGGCACAGAUUCAGCGCUUAUUGGAAGCACAGUCUCUAAAUCCUGGCUCCCCUAAGACAAGCACUGUGGAAGAAACUGGGAAAGCAGCAAGACAGGUGGAGCUGGUUUCCAUGGAAGCCCAGCCUUCGCCCGGCUUGCACAUGAGAAAAAGUGUAAGCAUUGCAGUGAGCACAGGUGCUAGCUUGUUUUGGAAUGCGGCGGGUGAUGACCAAGAGCCUGACCCACAGCUAAAGCAAGAUGACACCAAGAUUUCCAGUGAAGACAUGAAUUUUUCUGUUGAUAUUAAUAACGAAGUGACAAGUCCACCAGGUAGUGCAUCUUCAUUAAAAGCAGUUGAUAUUCCCAGUUUUGAAGAAAGCAACCUUGCUGUGGAAGAAUUUAAUCAUCCACUUCCUGAAUCCAACAGCUCUUCAGAACAGAGAAAAGAACCUGAUGUGCCUGUGUUCUUCCCGAAUGCUUUGCUGGCUGAGAGUGUGAGCAUGUGCUUACAGGCUGAGCCAACAGAGGGAGCCAGUAACAGCACUGAAUCACCAGGGGGACCAAAAGUUGAGCCUAAUUGGCCAGCAGAUGACCAGAAAAUUUACCAGGACUUGUUGGGUAAAGUGAACCACCUACUAAAUAACUCCUCCCAAGAAAUUGAUCAACCACCUACCAAAGCAGUAGUUAUCAACCAUGAAUGCACCAAAACCCAAAAUAUUCACCAUAUAAGAAAAAAAAAGCCCAAUUCAGGACUGGUAGACAAAGACUGUGUACUCAGUGCAACUAUUAAACAGCUAAGGAGCCUGGGAGUGAAAAUUGAUUCUCCCACUAAAGUGAAGAGAAAUGCACAGAAAGUGGAUCAUGCCAGUGUUUUGGCAUGUAUCAGCCCAGAAGCAGUGGUCUCUGGAUUAAACUACAUGUCAUUUGCUAAUAUUGGCAUGAGCGGCUUAAGUCCCACUGGUGUGGAUUUGAGCAUGGAGGCAAAUGCUAUAGCUCUGAAAUACUUGAAUGAAAAUCAGCUGUCACAACUGUCUCUCGCUCGAUCAAACCAAAAUAACUGUGACUCAUCUUUUGGCCUUCUACAUAUUAAUUCAGACAGAAGCACAGUGGGGCUUAGCUUAGUUUCACCAAGCAACAUGUCAUUUGCAACCAAAAAAUACAUGAAGAGAUAUGGUCUCUUGGAAAGCAAUGACAACAGUGAGGAUGAAGAGUCCUCCAGCCAUGCAGACAGUGAGAUGGACCAUGUGUUGAACAGAAACCCUGCAUGCAGAGCUGUGCAACUCGGUCAUCAGAAAGUGCCUUCUCAGAAUGCCUGUGAAAAAGCUCUGACUAACUGUGACUCCGAGGACAUGCACACAGAUAUGCCAGUAUUGAGAAAUAUCACAAAUGAGGCUGUGCAGCCUAGAGCAACAGAGCAGGUGAAGGAAGACCCUGCUUUUUCCUUAAGGAAUCUUAAACCAGAUCCUGCAGUGAACCUCCGAACUGGAAAAGCAGAGUUUACUCGACAUCCUGAGAAGGAAAAUGAAAGUGAAAUUUUUCCUGGAACCUUGCAGCCUCCUGAGACGUUAAAGCAAAUGAAUAGCAUGAAUUCAGUGGGCACCUUCUUAGAUGUGAAACGUCUCAGACAGUUACCGAAGCUGUUUUAACUCUUUACUCCUCCUUUAUGAUGUGAGGACUAGGUGUGUACUGACAGCACUUAAGGAGGCCAGACCUUUGGGAUCUCUUUUUUGGUUUGUUUUUGAGACAAGGUUUCUCUCUGUAGUCCUGGCUGUCCUGGAACUUGCUCUGUAGACCAAGCUGGCCUUGAACUCAGAGAUCUGCCUGCCUCUACCCGCCAAGUGCUAGAUAAGAUUAAAGGUUUACACCACCAUUGCCUGGCCAUGACCUUUGGGAUUUCUAAUAACUAAGCAUCUGUUUCCUGUUUGCAGCUAAUUAUAGUAACAUUGGUCAGCAGGUGACCCACUUGUGAAAUGCCUGGUUAGUGGGAAGGCUGGGUUUGUUCUGCAUCACUGAGCCUAAAGCAAAAGUAAAACAACAACCCUAAGAUCAGGUAUUGCAGCAAAUCAAGUUCAAAUGUACUCCCUAUACCCCAGGACCUCGCAUGUACUAAUGGGCUCUGUUAGUGAGCCCCACCUCUGAGCUACAUCCUCAGCUAGGUAGGUUUUUGUGAGACAGGGUCUCAGUAUGUACCUAGGCUGGCUUCAGACUUAGAAUCCUUCUGUUUUCCACAUCUGGCUCAGGUAUGCACUUUACCUAGUAUCUCCCAAAGACAAUUUCUUACAUGAUCAUAGUAAGUUUCAAAACCAAGAUAUUACUGUAGGCACAAUACUGAGUAAACCACAGAACUCUCUGUUGUCUUUGGUUAUUUGGUGGGAAGAGGCAGUGCUGGUGCUUGAACCCAGGACCUCAUAUCAAGUGUUCUAGCACUGAACUUCAUACUUCAUUCCAUGAGGUGUACCGCUGAUUUGCAUUGUUUGUGUAUAGAGACAUGAAAUUAUAUCACAUAGCUUCCAUUAACCUAAAACACAUCCUCCCUCUAAUCCCUACCCUUGAUAGUCCAUGAUCUUUUUACCAUCAGCAGAAUGUUUUUUGUCAUUAAAAAAGUGUUUCAUAAACAGAACUGUACUUUUAAAAUGUCUUUUUUUUAUUUAGCAUUAUACCUUUUGAAAUGUACUGCCUUUCUCCCACUAAUGUCCUGAGAUCUGUCCAGGUGUUGAAUGUGUCAAUAAUUCUUUACUUCCGCUCCCCUCAAGUUGUUUUAAAUUGUUAUUUCUAAAUAUAAAAUAAAACUAUCUGCAUUCACUUGAAA